ACUCCAAGUGCAUGUACACCACAAUCACAAAAAGUACUUUAAUAUAUUCCCCUUUUGUUAAAAAAAGAAAAGAAAAAGAUGCAGGGAAUAUCAUUAGAGUUUGAUCAGCAAAAUUUUCUUGACCCCAUGCAACAUGAUCUCUUCAAUGAUCCUGACUUUUCCCAAAUCUUUUCAGAACUAAACUCAUUCAAUAACACCAUCCAAACACCUAGAAACCCAAGUUCAGAGAACACCAUAUUUGCACAAAACAUGGUUCAACACAAUCAAGAAAAAUAUGCAGAUGAUCAUAUCGUCCCAUUGCAAGAGACUUCGUCAGAAAAUAAUAAGGAGCUAUCUUCAGAUCAGGUGCCUUUGGAAAAGAAAAAAUACAAAGGAGUGAGGAGGAAGCCAUGGGGAAAAUAUGCUGCAGAAAUAAGGGAUCCUGAAAGAAAAGGCGCUAGACUUUGGCUUGGGACAUAUGAAACUCCUGAGGAUGCAGCAUUGGCUUAUGACAGAACUGCAUUUAAACUGCGUGGUUCAAGAGCUGUACUCAAUUUCCCUCACUUGAUUGAAUCUAAUGUUACUGAAAUUAACAUAGUGAGGCCAAGGAGACGUUCACGUUCACCGGAUAUUGAGCUUUCAUCUGAUCAGAAUGAUGGUCCGAUUUCAAAGAGGAGAAAUGUUGACCUAAUUAACAGCNAUUAA